AUGAUUGCUGUAUGUAUAAGUUUGAAGUUUAAUGUGUCACCUCCUUUGAUCUGUGAGCAAGGACCAUCAGCACCGUCGUCGCCAACGUCGCCACGACUUCGACGUCCUUUCCCACUAACCGAGGACGCAAUGCAUCGGAUCAAUCUGCUGAGUUCCGGGUACGAGUACGGCAAAUUGUCGCCGAUGUCGACAUAUGCGACAUCGGAUCUUGGCUCAAGUCCAAGAUCGUCGAUCAGCGUUACAUCGGCAAACUUAUCGCCAUGGAUCAAUUUUCGUGAACAUCAUAAAAGCAGGUUGGUGUGAGA